UUCUAGGUUUAAGAUUCUCAGUGCUGGGAGUGAACCCUUGCUUGGGCCGGUCCAUUUGAGACCCGAAAUUAAAUUGGAUUGUUUUGCUCAAAAAUUUGUUCUGUCUGAGUCCUCCUCCGUGAAAGUAGGAAAGAUCCCAAAACUUUUCUGCUCCACUAUUUCAAGUCCUUGUACCUUGAAUAUUGGCAGAGCAUCUCUAAAUUAUUCACAGAUAGUGAUGGGCAGUGCGUGUGCACCUUACUUCAUCGUGCCAGACGUCCUUGGGACAUAUCCACAGACUGAUGUAAUGUUUCUCUGUGGGUACUACAUGUAUGCUCACCUUCCUCCUGGCUGGGUGGGUCGCUGUGCGGCUGUGGAGCCGACUGAUCACUCCUUCAUUGUUUCAGCUAUGCCCCACCCUGGUGAACUUCCGGGUAAGCAGCGUAUGAGGAGAGAUGUAAGUCAGCCGCAUGAUCCUGUCUGGGGCUCUAAUGUUCCAGAAGACCAUAAGUUGUGGUCCACGGGUGAAAAAGUCAUGCUGUCACUCUUCCCGUCUCUUGGAGUGGGUAAAGUGAUGCUGAGGAUGGAAACUAUGAACUACAGGUUCUCUGGGUUCGUAAACACUACGUUGGCUAUGUGGCAGGCUGAACGGGAGGAGUUGAGAGGCCUCAGGGCCGUUGCCCUUCAGAACCGCAUUGUGUUAGAUCAACUCACUGCAGCCACUGGAGGUGUGUGUGCUCUCGUAGGUGCCUCAUGCUGCACAUACAUCCCUGCUAAUGAUGAUGAGGGAGGAGUCAUUCAGCAGGCAAUUGCUAAUCUGACCUCAUUGCGUGAUGCUGUUGAUCAUGACUCAAAAUUUGACAGGUCCUGGUUCGUAACCGGUCCAUGGUACGCUGUUUGUUUGAAAUUAUUGGCUCCAGUCACCCCAUUUUUGAUUCUGAUCUUUGUAAGUGUUUGUUGCAUCAUUCCCAUUAUCAAGGCACUGAUAAAGAAGACUGUGACUAUGGUCAUGCACCAGGAAGCGAGAUAUCAAGAGCAACUUCUACUUUUGGAUCUGUGAUGUAAUGUUACAAAAGAAGGAUUCUUUAUGACGUUAAUAUUGAAAAUCGUGAGAAGUGAUAUUGACUGAUGAUUCUGAUGGAAACGUUGUAACUUACUGAUGUGAUGUAUUUUGAUCAUUUUCAUCAAUUAUGAUGGUAUAACCGAAAUUGUCAAAAUUAUUAAUCAUUAUUAAUCAUUAUUAAUCAUUAGCAAUUAAUUACUGACUUAGGCAUAGUUGAUGUUGAUUGAUUUCACUAUGAUUGUAAUCUUUUAUCAUGUAACCAUUAAUCUUAUAUCUAUGUUCAUUCAUGACGAUUCUGAUGUUGAUUUGAUUUUAUCCUGUAUUACGAAUAACCUAAUCAAUUACACAUUUAGUUCUCACUAUACAUUUUUUCUAUGUUUUUGAUUUUAUUCAUUUGUUUCACAAAGUAUAAACAGGGGGGAAAUGAUAGAAAAAUCCAUGUAUUAGUUAAGUAGGUAUGGUCAUAUGUAUGUAUAUAUUUGGCGGCAGGGCCUUCAGGGGAACACUAUAAUAGACAUAUGGACAUCAUGAUCAUCAUCAUCAGAGCUCUGUAAAGCUUUGUCUAGGUCUGUUAGAAGGAAUCUGUAAACAACUAGAGGUGCCUCCCCAGGGCAUCAAGGCCGUCAAUAUAUACUAGUGACUUUCCUUUGUCUUGUCAGAAUUCUCCACGGAGACUCUGCGUACUCUCCGUGUCUACAAUAUAUGUUUGGUUUGGAUUAAAGAGACGCUUGACUUCAACCAA